CAAAAUCUAGGUUACUUGUGAGCCUGGUAAUGGAUGGUUUUGGAGUCUUGUUGUAUGUAACUUUUGGUGAGCCAUGGUGCAACCAACAACAUAGUAAAAAUCCCUGCCAUUAAUUUGGUGUGGAUGGGUAAUAUCAAAUAAUUCAAUCACAACAUAUAUUUAAAUUAAACGUGAAAAAAAUUGAAAUAUUAUCAUCACUUUCAUGGAAAAAUUGAAAUAUUAUCUUUCAGUAUUUUAUAAGCCUGCUUAUUUUCAUUCGCCGAGUGAAUUAGAUAUUUAUGUGACAUACACAUAUAUAUAUAAUAAGUUUGUGACCUCAAUCAUUGCAGUCGUGUCAGCUCAUUAUCUUACUUGUUAACGGAGACGCAGUUAAAAUGUUCGUUGCUGGUGUAUUUCUAUUGCUUAUUGUUGCCUUGCUUUCGUUUCGUGUUCUACGAAAUUAUUCGAAAUCACUGUCAGACUGCAAACACUUACCAUGCAUGAAGAGUUGGCAUCUAAUCGGCGAUAUACCGAAAAUACACGGAAAUAAUAAAGAGCGUUUUGAACAAAUAAUGAAAAUCUUUGAAGAAUUUCGAGAAAACGGCGUACUUUGUUUCUGGUUUGGUAUCCGACCUACUCUUUAUGUUUUCAAAGAUAAAUAUGUACAAGAUGUAAUUGGCAACACAAAACACAUAGAAAAAAGCUUUUUCUAUAAAUUUGCACACGCAUGGUUAGGAAAUGGUUUGCUGACUAGUACAGGAUCCAGAUGGUUCAAAUCGAGGAAGAUGUUGACACCAUCCUUCCAUUAUAACAUUUUGAACAAUUUCCUUGCUGUAAUGCUAAACCAAUCAAACAUACUGUGUAACAAUCUGGACAAAAUGGUUGGUAAAGGAGAAUUCAAUAUUCGCUCACAUAUUGCAAAUUGUACGCUGGAUAUUAUAACAGAAUCGGCAUUUUAGGUCCACCAGCAGCAGCAGCAGCAGCAGCAGUAACAACAACAACAACGACGAUGACACGAAAAGCAAUAACAAAAAGAAAAAAGAAAAGGUUUGCUGAUGUAGCAAGCACAAAAAGACUGAUGCUGUUGGAUGACAAAGCGCGUGAUAUCACAAAAGCAAAAGUAUCAUCCAAUUUGAGGGUAGUAAGGCUGCAGUGCCCGUAACACCCGAAAUAAUUGAAGCAAAAGAGAGGAAGACCAUUUAUUUCAGAUGCGUAUCACGCAAAACCCAGAAAGCUGAAAUAGCGUCCAUUAGUCGUGUUGUGAAGGCACUCAGAGACAUUUUAAUAGAUUUGGCUCAUACACAAAGAAGGAGGCAGUUUGCCAGUAUUGAGGACCUCGCGCGAAGACACACAAUGUCAUCCCGGUGGACUUAGGAGUGCGUCCUCUAUCCCACCUGUCUCUCAAAGAGAACAAUGAAAAUCAGAGCGAAUGGCAUACCACCAGGUGUAAACGUCUUUUGGAUUGUCGCUUGUGUGGUCCAAGACCCAGAGUCACUUCUGGAGGUGAAAAGGAGCAGCAGAGAUAACAGGAGUGGGAUAAAUUUGGAAAUAUUAAUCCAUAUGUAACCAGAAAACAUCAAAAAGAUCCCGGACUUGAUUCACAUGACCAAUGGGGCAGAACUGCGUAUCAUCGUGGAAGGCAGGAAGCCCAGAUGUAAUAUAUGUGGGUCCACAAGCCACCUGAGAACCUUCAACCCUAAAAAUUCGGGAGGUGCGCGGCCACACGUGCGUCUACAACAGAGACCUUUUAAUAGAACUGCAGCCUCGCCCCUAACAACAACAAAGACACAUGAACCCCAUACAAUGGGGGGAAGUCACCCAAGGUAUCUGUCAAACUAGCCCUCAUCACCCCUCUCUCAAGCCUACAGUCACACAACCACGCUCACACUAUCACAGACACACCCAUACUCUCCGAGACAGACCAUACAGACACUAGCCGCUACUCAUCUCGUAGUGAAGAUGAGGAAGAACCCCACGAAGUAAAGAAAAAAAAAACAAAAAUGCAAAGGAAACAGAAAACAAAAGAACCUACACCAACAAUCGUAAACACAGAAACCCCCUACACAUCGAACAUAGACAUAGCAAAAACUACACCAGCACUACCAUCUCCACAACCACCACUACUCCAACCAGAUCCAUCAAUGCACUCAACCACACGUAGCCCCCAAAAGAAGUCUCACAGUCACUAAUGAGGAAACGCCGAAUUAUGUGCUCGUGAGGUGAGCCAACGAAAAAUUGUUGGCUCUCAUAGUCAGAAACAAGCAAAUUGAGAGAGAGGGUACAAUCUAUGACACCAGCACCCUUAGGGUUCCUGAUCACCUUAUGUUAAUACGGUUACCCCUCAAAGUAUUCAAAGAAAUUCAGAGGGACUUCCCGUAUGACGUCGGAAGGCCAAACGUCCGCGUCACCGAGAAACUUUUAGCCGAUUUCUUAGAGGAACCAGAUCCGGAGCCCGGGUUACAAGGCUGCCAAAACUCCAGGAGGGUAAGUAACCCCACUUUUUUUUUCUUUUCCUCAACCCUUUCGAGCCAUGAUGGUGAUUGUCAGAGUGGGAUGCAUAAAUGUUCGUGGCCUGAGGUCACCCUGGAAGCAAUGCUGCUUGCUCAAUGACCUUGGGUGGCUAGGUUUGGAUGUGAUAGCAGCCAGUGAGACCAGAAUUUCUGACACACGCGGUCUUGCACCAAUUUUCGAUGAUUAUGAGAUCUACGCAUCUCUUAGACUCGAACAAGUGGGAGUAAAUUGAGAGUUUCAAGCCUAUAACUCUCUUGAAUGCAGAUUAUAAGAUUUUGGCCAAGGUGUUUGCAAAGAGGUUGGCGCUUGUCGUCGAUAAGUUGGUUGAUAACGCACAGGCAUGCACUGUCUCAUACAGAACUAUCCACGACAGCUUCCACCUCACUCGCUAUAUCAUAGAGAAGGUGGGUAAGGAACCUGGCAUGGGUGGGGCCCUAAUCAAUUUGGAUCAGUCGAAAGAUUUUGAUAGAGUCGACCAUCAAUACUUGGAGACUGUUCUCUCGACAGCGGGUUUCGGUCACGUUUUCAGAGGCUGGAUCGCUGCAAUGUGCAGCAAUAUCUGUUCGGUGGCCAAAGUAAAUGGCCACCUGUCGGAAUCGCUUAGCAUUGCUCGUUCAGUCCAUCAAGGAUGCUUAUUCUUGCCUCUUCUGUGCAUACUGGUUCUCGAGCCAUUGUUGCGGAAGCUGGAUGUUUUGAGGGGCAUACCACGUGAUCUAGGAUGCGGAAGUUUCAUGUCGGCUUACGCAAACGACGUCACCGUAAUAGUGUCGGACAUCUCGGAAAUCGAGGUGGUCGGCACUGCUCUAAGGGAGUACGAAGCGGUGACAGGAGCAAAGAUCAACCAGGAGAAGUCGGCGGGCCUGAAUCUCGGUACCUGGAGCUGUAGGUCCAUGCCAACCGACAGCGUUGUAGGGCGCAGGACGGAAGGACCGGUUAAAUUACUCUGAGUCUGGUUUGGUCCAGACCUCCAGGUGGACAAGAAUUGGGGAGAGGUGACGAGUAGGGUAGCCAAUCUCACCCAGAAAUGGACAGAGGGGAAGCUCUCCAUGAAGGAUCCGGCAGAGGUGGCGAAUGCAUACAUCACUUCCGUCAUCUUUUACCGCCUGAUAAAGUUGGAGCGCUUGCUCUCCCGAUUUCUAUGGAAGGGACGUGUUUCGCUCAUCAGAUGGUCUGUCUGCUGUCAACAGCCGCUGAGUGAAGGACUAGGUAUACCGUGGCUAAUGAUGCGCAGACAUGCGCUGAGGCUGCAACAUAUCCAGCGUUUUCUUAACGGGGAGUAGGUGUGGUCACCGUUCGUCAAACGGGACUUUCUACAACUCGUCUCAUUGAUGGAGCUACAGUCAUGGGUCAAGCACAGACCAAGAUAGGGCGCUUAGCACCUGGAGUGUCGGCAAGCGAUCAGUUUUCUGCCAGUCGGGAAACGCGAUCGGUCGAAAUUCCACCAUGGAGUUCUAUAGGGGAUUAAUGGAGGGAAAAAAAAAAUGAUGUGCUGUCAGACAGGCUUGUCCGAUGUGUGCGCAGGGUAACGAAAGCAUUCAGCAUGCACCCGUUCAGUGUCUGGACAUUUCUGACCUCUGUGGUUAUGUCAAAUAGCUGCUGCUUCGUACGGAACAAAUCCAUAUGUUGACCAAGUCCAUAAUGAAGAUGCCCCACCAAUUUCUUUAAAUCGGGUAGGUAAGGCAGUUUUCCUCUGCCUAGUGGCGGUGGUGGUAGUGGUGGUGAAAGAAGUUGUCUGGUGGAAGAGGCUGAAAAGGAUGAGGAUAGAGACGUUCCGCUUUGGUAGAGGUAAGUGAAGACGUAAGUGAGGGCGGAGAAGGAGGUGCUGUCCUGAAAAAGAAUUUAUCGAAAGGUGGGGCAAAGUUGCGAAAAUUACAAGAGUGAAUGGUACCUGUGAAUUGGAGAGGAGGAAUUUGGGAGGACACUUACUCUUGGUGCCCAGGGAGAUCUUGGGUGGUGGGAUCCAUCGAUUAUCCCUAGAGAUCCUCCUGUGUUAGGACGACGAUAUUACUAUCAUCGCCCACUUUUCUAUUUUAUUUAUCAUCUUACUAUUGUAUACUAUGUAUGCUCCUCUGUUAUAUUGUAUAUUAUGUACGAUUCCCUUCUCUGUUUUAUUGUAUUCUGUUUAUACUUUCUACACAUUUAUAUCUUUCAUUUUAUUAUACGUAAAACAGCACGCUUGAUGCCUCUCUGUAUUGUCGCAGUUUUAUUCCCCCUGAUGGCAAAUAAACGAAAUAAUCAUCAAUAUUCUUCUUCUUUUUCUUCUUCUUCUUCUUCUUCUUUUUCUUUUUCUUCUUCUUCUUCUUC